AUGCAGCUGGCCUUUGAUCAUAUCGCUAACGACUACACCAGAGGAACAAUCGUUUACGCAGAAACAUGCGCUACCAAGUCCUCCAGCAAAGGCUCACAAUCAUGCUUCACCUUAUCCGAGUCUAACCCAACAGUGACCCUUGACUAUGGCACAGAAAUAGGCGGCUUCCCCCUAUUCCAGGCAAAGUCCCUAUUAGCACCAGUACAAAUAGAAGCCAAAUACACCGAGGCAAAAAGCGGCCUGGAAAAUGCAUCUGGCGACGGUCCUUGGACCUUCAGCAAUGGUCUCACCAAUACCUUCCGGGUAGAGACAUUCAAUGUCACCGAACCUGGACAUAUUGAAUCCUAUUUCAUCCAGGGAGGUCUGCGCUGGCAGCAACUGCGCCUACUCAAUGCAAAGGGCAGUAUCCGCAUCUGCGGUGUGGGUAUCCGCUCUUUGAAUGAUCGAACAUCAGUCGAUGCCUUACCUGGUUAUUUCGAAAGUUCGAACUCUUCAUAUAAUGAAAUCUGGGCUCUUGGUCCGCGGGCUGUGCAGCAGGCUUGUAUUGAGAAGGGUGCUGCGCCUUCGACUUGGGAUGUUACUUCUGACGGUGUUCUUUUGCGUGGACAGCAGUCGGCGCAGUCUGUUCUUGGAGCUACCUUUACUAACUAUACGAUGUCGUUUAUGACGAAGAUUCUUCGUGGUGGCACGGGAUGGAGGGUUGCUAACGGUAUUCUCGGCUUUGGUCCUUCGUUCGUUAUUACGACUGAUUAUGCUUCGGAGUCCACAUUCAUCAAUACGAACAAGACCCUUCUGCCUGCGAAUAAGCUUGCUGUGGCCUAUGGGUGGAAUUUGGUCAAUCAGACUAGUUUGGAGGGUGGCCCUGUAUCGUAUUACUCUCUACCUUUUGAUGUAAAAGAGGGAGAAUGGGUCCAGGUUACAACGACUAUAAAGUCGACUGGCUAUGAUGUGUCGAUCAACAAUUCCUCAGCAAUACAUGUUCCGCUAUCGGCCCUUCAGCCAACGUACAACUACCUUGGAUCGGCUGCUGAUGAGUACAGCGGUACAUGGGGAUUCGGACCUUAUCAAGACCAGGUGGCAUAUGUGAGGGAUGUUGAAGUGCACGCGCAGAACGGCACCCUCCUUUAUGACAACCCAAUGACUAGCACAUCUGUUCUUGAAGAAUACGGCGUCAUGCCAAACAGGAACUCCGUGUGUCUGGAUGGUGCCAAGCGAGAUCGACUAGUCUGGUCUGGAGAUUUCAGCCAUACUUCCCGUAUCAUCGCUGCAAGCACACACCGGGAGGAUUUUAUCAAGGGCACUCUUGCCUAUCUACUUGAUAGACAGAUGGCCUCCGGCGAGUUCGCCGGAUACUUCUCCAUGUCCCCUUCUAUGGGACAGUCCUCCAAAUACACCUCAACCUACCAUUCCGUCGGUCUGGAAGACUAUCAACUACUCUUCCUAAAUGCAUUUGCUCGAUAUUAUCUCUACUUCGCAGACAAAAAAUUCCUCGAAAAAUAUUGGUUCCAAGUGAAAACAGGGGUCGAAUCUAUUCUUUCACUAGUCGAUAGCUCCUCAGGGCUGGCAUCAGGAUCUUUCUUCCUUGGCGCUGCAAAUGGCACCGCUGCAUCCUCCCUCCUCGUCUAUACCCUCAAGCACAUGGCAACACUAGCAGACAACGUCGGCGAAGCCGCUACAUCUGCACAUUGGAGAUUCGUCGCCGCGGGCGUCAGUAAAGCCAUCAACAAGAGGCUCUGGAGCAACAAUCUCGGAACAUAUGGUAUCAGCACGACAUCUCUCAACGAGACCUCAAUCGCCGGCACAGCAUGGGCGAUUCUCGCCGAUGUCGCAGACUCAACACAAGCCGAAUCAGCCAUUGCAGCUUUGUCUAGUCUCCGAAAUGGAAUUGGCUACAAGACCCUCUCAACUACCGAAUCUAGCGCAGAGCUUUCACCAUUCAUUUCUGGAUUCCUGCUUGAGGCUCUCUUGAAACAUUCGCGGAAUAUCACCGCGCCCUCGGCUGCCACUACCGCUGCGAUCUCAACUCUCCUCUCGGGACUCUGGCCUGCAAUGAUCGAUAAUGAUGAAUAUUACACCGGUACAAGCUGGGAGUAUGUAUUCCCCGAUGGUCGUCCAGGAUUGGAUUUGUAUACUUCGCAUGCACACCCCUGGGGCGCGGCGCCGACAUUUGUCUUGACGGAGUAUGUUCUCGGUGUUCAACCUACUGCUCCUGGGUUUUCUGAAUGGGUCUUCAAGCCUGCGGUACUUACGCCGGGUGUCUCUUGGGCUAGAGGGAGGGUUCCUACUCCUCAUGGGUCUAUUGAGGCGAGUUGGAAGUUAAGGGAGGAAGUGAAGGAGGUUGAUUUGAGGAUUUGUUCGCCGAGGGAGACUAAAGGGACUGUUUUUUUGGCUAUUCCUGUGAAAUCGGCUAAAAUUAAUGGGUUGAAGAAGGGUAUUAGUUCGGCUGGUGGUUUUUCGUUGGAUGUUACUGGUGGACAGUGUUCGGAGAUUGUGCUUGCGCUUCCACAUAGCUAA